AGACACUAAGGGGUUGGAGUGAGCGCCGAUGAGGACACUGUAGCUCAAACCAUGGAACCUGACAACUGCACCCACGCCAUGGAACCUGACAACUGCACCGACGUGAACGAACUGAUGACACGCUAUUACCUGCCUGUCUCCUACGCCAUCAUCUUCAUCGUGGGCCUGGUGGGCAACGUGACCUCCAUCAGCAUUUACGUGACCAAGCUGCGCCCCUGGAGGAGCAGCAGCAUCAUCAUGGUCAACUUGGCGCUGACUGACCUCCUCUACGUCCUCAGCCUGCCCUUCCUGGUCUACUACUACAGCACCGGGGAAUGGAGUUUGGGCGACUUCAUGUGCCGCUUCGUACGCUUUGGGUUUCACUUCAACCUGUACGGAAGCAUCCUCUUCCUGACCUGUCUCGCCGUUUUCCGCUACGUGGUGGUGAUCGAGCCUCUGAGGGCGGCGCAGGUGCAGCAGAAGUUUUGGGGCAUAAUCGCGUGUUCUGCCGUCUGGUUCAUCGCCGCUGCCGAAAUCGCACCCAUGCUGACGCUGAUAUCCCAAAAGGUGCACGACAACAAGACUUCCUGCUUGGACUUCGCCAGCAGCGAACACGUCGAUGAAGUGCGGUUGCUCGGCUGGCUGCUCACUGCUCUCGGAUUCCUUUUACCUCUCUUGGUGGUGUCCCUGUGUUACAUAGGUAUAGUGAAACAGCUGGCCAGGGGGCCCAGCACAAGCAGCCCAUGUCGGGUGCGGGCGCGGCGCGUGACCGUGCUGAUCCUGGUGGUGUUCGUGGUGUGCUUCCUGCCGUAUCACGUCUUGCGCAUGUUGCGGAUCGAAAUUCGAAAGAAUGAUGAAAUGUCAUGCAUGGUUAAGCGCAUCGUCCACGCAGCGUACAUCGUCUCCAGGCCUCUGGCGGGACUCAACACGGUUUUUAACUUGGUUUUGUACACCCUCUCAGGUGAUAAAUUCAAGAGGGCCUUUCUCAGCAGUUUUUACUGGGACCUAGGCCUCACCCAGGCCAGGUCGCUGAUCCACGUUGCCAUCAUCAACAAGGCAGGCCGCGACACGCCUGCUGUAUCACCGAAGACUGUCCACAGUGGCGGGAACGCUGCUUGACAGCUGUGGUUUCCUCAUUGUGUAAUUCCCAGAGACAAUUAAUGCUUUUAUGUGCA